UACAAAUUGAAUAUGAGGGAUAAAUUUAAUAAAAUUAAAAUUAUUAAGAGCUGUUUAUGAUUUUUACUAAACAUCUUCAAGAUGUAUGAUAUCAAUCUAAAUAACUAUACCAGUGGAAUGACUUUAGGUGUUUCAAAUAAUGGAACGAGUACUGUGCAUUUAGCUUUGCAUAAAGCAACAAAGAGUUAUGUUGUUAUUAAAAAAUAUUUUAUCGAUGACAAAGAGCCCGAAGAUUAUAGUUUUAUUCAACAGGAGAUAAUAACAACGCGACAAUUACAACAUCCAAAUGUUCUUCCAUACCUUAAUGCUUUUGUAUCUGGUCAUGAUAUUUAUGUUAUUUCACCACUUAUGAGUUAUGGCUCUUGUAGUAAUUUACUUCAGGAACAUUUUCAUCAAGGUUUUCCAGAGCUUGCAAUUGCAUUUAUCACAAAGGAUGUAUUACGUGGACUCGAUUACAUACAUAAAAAAGGAUUCAUACACAGAGCACUGAGAGCCAGUCAUGUUCUUAUUUCUGCAGAGGGACGUGCUUGCAUAUGCGGUAUGCGAUAUUCUUGCGACGUUGUCAAAAGUGGUAAAUGGUUGCGUACUAUUUAUGCCUUUCCCAAAUCCAGUACAAACAAUCUUAAAUGGCUUAGUCCAGAAUUACUUCAACAAGAUCUUCGUGGUUACAAUGAAAAAUCAGACAUUUAUAGUCUAGGAAUGACAAUCUGUGAAUUGGCUAAUUGCACAGUACCUUUCUCCGACGUACCAGAUACCUUAAUGUUAACUGAAAAAGUUCGAGGUUCCACUCCCCAAAUAAUUGACAAAUCCACAUUUCCAGUUGAUGUAAUGGAUAUAGAAGAAUCUGGAGAAGAAAGUAAUUCAAAUUCUAAAAAAAAUAUUAAAGCAAUGGCAACUCGUAAAUUUUCAGAACCAUUUCAUGCUAUUACCGAGCUUUGUCUUCAAUGCGAUCCAAGUAAUCGACCAGGAGUUAAACAAUUAUUGGCACAUUCAUUUUUUAAGCAAUGUAAAAGAACUAAUAAUACGCUGCUUAGUAUUUUGAAACCUGUUAAACCAUUAAAUGAACGAUUUAUGGAUUCUGUGGAAGAUCAAGCUAUGGUAGUAACAACGGAAUUAGAAAAUCUUGAACUUGAAAGUUGCCAGUGGGAUUUUGAAAAUAUUUGAGCAUCCAUUGUAUCUCUUACGAAUACUAUUUUUUAAAUUAAGCU